GGGAAAGGUCGGGCCGGGGAAAGGUCGGGCCGGGGAACUGUCGGGCCGUGGAACGGUGGGGCCGGGCACGGUCCGGUGCCAAGCGGGCCGGGAAACGGGCUGGGACACGGCUUGGGAAACGACUUUUGGCACAGGCUGGGCUUGGGCAUGAAAUUGGGCACCGGUUGAAGCACGGGUUGGCACAUACUGGGGGGACCAACUUUCUUUUGCUGUUUUGCAAAGUCAAGGUUUACAGUUUUCAAAUGAGGUUUGACGUACACGGUGACAAAAUUUACAUGGGAACUCCAAUUGUGGUGGUCAUUAUUGACUCCCUAUUUCCAAGGGCUUGAUGGGUACCUGAAUGAAGACAGUGGUACUUGGCAUGCAAGGAUUGUCAUGCGGUAUGUAAAAAACGUUGAAAUACAGUGGUUAACUAAAUGACUUCUAAAUCAUUUUUUAUGGCAAAUCCAUUCAGUCAGUUUAACCGGCAAAAUCAUAGAAGUCGACUUGACUGAAGGCUAGUGUUACUUGGCAUGUAAGCUUGUAAAGAUUGUUCAAGAAAGGGAUUGGGAUCCUCUGCCCGACUAGGACGGUGCCUUGCACAUCGGACGGUUGGGCAGUGGCAAAGCAGGUCUCAAGAUUAACGAAAAAG